AUGGGGCAGUGGUCAUCUUACUAUUUGGGUCUGCUGCUUGUCCUAUAUGUGCAAGAAUCACUGGCCCAUAUCCAAGAUUCUGAAAUCCAGAAAAAGUUGGAUGGCAUUCAGGAAUCCCUGAGGACGAUUAUAACAAAAGAGGACUUCGAGGCGAAACUGCAGGACCUUCAAAGCCAGCUGGAUGGCGAAUUUCUGACGCUACAAACCAGUCUUAGGGAACUUCAGAGCAAACCGCCUCAAAAUAAUCCACGGCAUAUACCAGCAAAGUUCGAGCAGAUCGGCUCGAGGUACUUUUAUAUCGAGAACGAUAUCAUUCAGGACUGGCCCACAGCUGGAGAGACCUGUCGCCAGAUGGGUGGCUACUUGGCAUCGAUCAAGGACAAAUCGGAGCUGGAUGCCAUUAGGACCAGACUCAGCACGGAUGCCUAUUACUGGCUUGGCAUCCACAGCCGGGGCACAAAGGGGGACUUCGUAUCCCUGGCCUCCGGAAAGGCGGCCGCAUUUUUGAAAUGGCACAUCGGAUAUCCCAGAAAUUAUGCCGAAAAUGUGAACUGCGUUUGGCUCUCCAACGGCGAAAUGCAUGAUUUCUACUGCACAUAUAAAACACACUUCAUUUGCCAGGCUGAUAAGGAACGCAACAAUGGAUGCCAUAUCGGCAGCCCCAACCAUUCCGGAGUAACCGCAGUGCUGGCACCCUCUCCAAUAUGCCAAAGCCAGGACGAAAACGGGAAUCCGGCUGGGGAUGGCGAUGAGGAGGGGGAUGCGGAGGACGAGGACGAGGAAGGACCAGAACCAGAACCAGGAGCAGGACCGGGAGCAGGACCAGGAACAAUAUCCAUUCCCCCGCCGAAUCCCAAGUGGCUGGUGUCGCUGCUCGCUUCGCUUCUAUUUGGGUUCGGUUGGGUUAUGGCUUGGCUUUUGCUGAUUUCACUGCUCGAAAAAUAG